AUGCCGCAGUUACUGCGAAACAUUAAUGGGAUCAUUGACGCCUUCAGGCGCUAUGCCAGGAUGGAGGGCGAUUGCGCAGUGCUGGAAAGAGGGGAGCUGAAAAGGCUCCUGGAGAAAGAGUUCGCUGACGUCAUCGUGAAACCCCAUGAUCCGGCCACUGUGGAUGAAGUCCUGCGCCUGCUGGAUGAAGAUGACACAGGGACAGUGGAAUUCAAGGAAUUCUUGGUCUUGGUGUUCAAAGUCGCCCAGGCCUGUUUCAAGACACUGAGUGAGGGUCCUGAGGGAGCGUGUGGAUCUCAGGAGUCUGGCCAUGAUGCCCCUGCAGCCACCCAAGAGCCAGGGGAAGGACAGAGAAGCAGCCCUGCAGUGGGAAGGCCUGGGAACAGGCAAGGCCCUGCAGGGAGCAGCGACGCACAGAGUGAGCAGGCUUCCGGGGGGCCAGGAGGGCCUGGGCCACAGACCCAGGGUCAGGAAAUCAGCUCUGCUCAGGUCAGUCACCAGGACAGGCAAUUGGAGUCCCAGAGACAGGAGGAAGUGAGCCAAUCUACACAAGCAAGGGGUCACGUGGAGCAGGCCCAGAGAAUUCGAGAAGACAAGAGUCCUCAGACCAGAGAGAGGGGGACAGAGAAACAGCCGCAGGCCAGGGAACAGGACAGAGCUCACCAGACAAGUGAGGCCGGCACUGGAACCAUAACUCAGACCCACACAAGUACCACUCAGACGGUGGAACAAAAUAGGAGCCAUCACACAGGAAGCACCAGCACCCAGCCACGGGAGUCCACCAGAGGGACUGAGACCCACGGUCAAGAUGGGAGGCAGACAAGCCAAGUGGUGACAGGAGGAUACAUUCAGGCAGAGGCAAGGUCACAAACCCAGACACACACUCAUACCGCGGAGCAGGACAGGAGCCAUCAGACAGGAAGUGUCAGCACCCAGCCACGGGAGUCCACCUGCAGCCAAGCCAGAGGGACUGAGACCCACAGUCAAGACGGGUAUCAGACGAGACAGGUUGUGACAGGAGGACACAUUCAGACACAGCCGGGGUCACAAACCCAGACCGUGGAACAGGACAGGGGCCAGAUUACAAGCCACACCGGGGCAGGAGAACAGGGCCAGACCCAGAGGCAGUCAGGCAGUAGUCAAAGACAGACACAGGUGAGCAACGGCGAGGCAGGAGAGACAGUGCUGGGAGGGCAGGCCCAGACUGGGGCGAGCACUGGGACGGGCCGACGGGACACGAGCGGUACCCACCCACCGUGCAGUGUGACAGGAGGUCAGGGAGAAAGAGAUCCCACCGCGGUACAGCAGGAGUGGGUUGAUGACCACACGAGGGAGACAGUGAUCCGAAGGCAGGACCAGGGCAGUCUGCACACUAGUGUCCCUUCAGCACAAGGCCGGGAGGCAGCCCAGCCAGAAGGGAAGCGAGGACUCACAGCGAGGGGACUGUAUUCCUACUUCAAAAGCAGCAAGCCGUGA